AUGGUUGAGUCACACAUGGAGUGCCGGGUUGCCGGGAAGUUGGAUGUCGGUAACUGCCACCUAGUACCGGAGAUGAGAAAGAAGCGCGAGGACCUGCUGGUGGAGCUUGCGAAGGUGCAACAGGCCCGCGACGUACCGGCGGUGACCCCGUCCAAGCUUCACGUGGGCCAGGUCCGCGACGAGGACGAGUCGGCGCGGAUAGUAAAGAGACAUGCGGAGGACCACGAUGUUGGUUAG